UGAUACCCGUCAGGUUUUAGCGUCUUGUUGCACUAUGGCAAGUGUGGAGGAAGCAAGCAGCGAUAUUUUACAUCUUCUUUAUGAUAUUAUUCGAAGUAUUGAAAGGGAUUCGCACGACCCAAACCAGAAGCGUGACAGCUACGACAGUGCACUGAAAAUUCAGGACCUGCGAAACAAGCUUCAGACCUGUCGAGAACUGGUUCAGAAAUUACCUGGCAUCGAUUUGACGCAGGAGGAGCAGUUGCACAAAGUUGAAGCUCUAAAGAAACAACUGAUAAAGAAGAGGGAACUGCUCAUCAAGUACAAAAGCAUGUGCCACUUUGAUACACCUGAUAUGAAAUGACAGCAGGUAGCAGAAGAAAGAAUGUUGCAGCUACAUCACAGGUUGUCGAAGCUACUGCCAAUAGCAAGGAAUGGCAUCACAUGCAAUGUUUCACAAUACCACUCUCCAGUGUUACGUCAGAUCCAUGAACAUUACUACAGUCAUUUUCUCAACAAUCCAAAGUACAGGACAGUUGCUAGAUCAGAUUUGAAUCUACAAAAGGAACUUCUGAAUAGGCAUUUCCUUCAAGUGAAUCCAGCUGGUCUUAGUGACACUGAGUUACUCCAAGCUAUUCUUUUGUGCCGUGACUCUUCAGUCUUCAAGAGCAAAUGGAAAGAUUUGGACAGGGAGUGUUGUAAAAGAAUAUCAAAAUUCAGCUUCAGCAUAAGUGUACAAAUCAUGGAUUCAUGGAUAACUCAACUUGGCAACACAGCGUUCAAUGGAGAGUUU